AUGCUUCAGCAGAUCCUGCAUGACAUGUACAUCGACCCCGAGCUCCUCGCUGAGCUCAGCGAUGUGCAGAAGCACAUCCUCUUCUACAAAAUGCGCGAGGAGCAGCUGAGACGCUGGAGGGAUCGUGAGGCUUGGGAGGCCCUGGCCCAGGUCGAGGGCCUCAGGCCCCCCAAGGUCAAGAGAGCAAGUGACAAGCACAUCCAGUGGCUGCUGGGUGCAGAUGGUGAGGUCUGGGUCUGGAUCAUGGGAGAAGGUCCCGGCGACAAGCCCUAUGAAGAGAUCUCUGAGGAGCUGAUUGCAGAGAGAGCGCGGCUGCAGGCACAGCAGGAAGCCGAGGAACUCUGGAGACAGAAGGAGGCGGAGAUCACCAAAAAGUUCCGGGAUGCUCUGGCCAAUGAGAAAGCCCGGAUCCUGGCAGAGAAGUGGAAGGUGGAGAUGGAGGACCGCAAGGCUGCCAAAGUCCUGGAGGAGCGCAUCCAUGAGGAAUUCAAGAGGAAAGAGGAAGAGGAGAGGAAGCGAGGAGAAGAGCAGAUUCGCCUCCAGGAAGAGCAGAGGGCGAAGGAGCUCUACUGGACCCUGAAGCAGGCCCAGCUGCAAAGCCACCCCAGCGAGAAGGAGGAACGUGAGUGGGAAGAGCAGUUGCGUCGAUCCAAGGCAGCUGAUGAGGAGAGGAGCCGCCGAGCCCAGCGCGCCCGGGAUGAGUACCAGCGUCACUCGCUCCGUGCCAUCCAGAAGGGCACCGUUGCCGGACUCAGCUCCAGGUUCCGAGAGCUCGGCCAGAGCCAUGAGCAGGAGGCGAGACUCUACCACCACCUCCCAGGCCCGGGGCUGCUUUCACCCCUGGCUGUGCCUGGCAGAACCUGGGAGCGGCCCGUGCGCCCUGUCUCCAGAGAAGUCAUAGUCCGCUGGUUUAAGGAGGAGCAGCUGCCUCGCCGAGCGGGCUUCGAGAGGAACACCAAAGCCAUCGCCCCCUGGUUCCACGGAAUUAUCAGCCGAGAAGAUGCUGAAGAUCUCCUUGAGAAUAUGACCGAGGGUGCAUUUCUGGUCCGGGUCAGUGAGAAAAUCUGGGGUUAUACCCUCUCCUACCGCCUGCAGAAAGGGUUCAAGCAUUUUCUUGUGGAUGCCUCUGGGGAUUUUUACAGCUUCCUGGGAGUGGACCCCAAUCGCCAUGCGACACUCACAGAUCUCAUUGAUUUCCACAAGGAGGAAAUUAUCACUGUUUCAGGGGGAGAGUUGCUGCAGGAACCCUGUGGACAGAGGGACAGCCCACCAGACUACCAUCUGUUGUUUGAAUGA